AUGGACAAAAUUGGAAGAGCCGAAAACUUUAUUACAUAUAGACUGGCUAAGAAACCAAAUGCGAGUAAACAAAAGGAACUUUUUGCUUUUGCGGUGGAAGACUGGACGGAUACGGUAGAAGAACCUUUGAGCUCAGACGUGGUGUAUACUGACACCUCCAUGGAACCAUUUGCUAAUAUGAUCUACAACAAGACGCUGAAUUUUGGCUGCUCAUUUCUAUUCUGUAACGAAACGAGCAAAGUUGCUCUUGCGUGCGUGUAUGAUAAAAGGCCAAAGGAAGGUGAACCGCUUUACUGGGCAGAUUCGAAAAAUAAUGCUGGAUGUCAAAAACCUGGACCCUGCAAGAAAGUUAUCAAAGAAACAGACGUGAAUUGCGAUACCACCUACGGACUUUGUGAUCAGGAUCCCGCCACUACCACUACCACUACUCCACAAGCAGCAAUUACAACAGUCUCGACAGACGAAGAUGACGGAUGGGUUGUAGUCGUAGAGGGACGUUGAAGGCUUGUAAAACGAGUAUGAGAGAGCAAUAAAAAUCUUUCUACACAA